CAUGUCCUUAUCAUGGUCAUGGAGUAGGUCAAGUUUUCAUGGAAACCACUACCAAUAUAGCCGUCAGUAUGUUUUAUGGUCAUGGAAGGAGAGGGCUUUUUGCUAACAUGUAUUUUGGCCAGGGGCGGACUGACCAUUUGGAAACUCGGGCACUGCCUGAGGGCCCGGGGUCAGUAGGGGGCCCCAUGAGAUGCCCCUGGUACCUUUUUUCAUAGGCUUUUUUGAGUUUGGGCAAGGACACAGGGGCCCCAUGAUCCCCUAUUGCCCGGGGGCCCCAUGA